AUGGCGGAAGGAUCGAUGGAAACACUUGCGCGAUCUCAACUCGAGAUGUUAUAUAGGUUGGGAAUAUUGGAGCAACAUUCGAAUGAUGAUAUCGAGCGCCAGUGCAUUGCGAGCAAGAGAGAUGAGAAGAAAAAAGAACAUGACGCCUUCCUCGCGGCUCUACCUCCACCUUCGGUGAUGUGUUCAGUGCCUUCCAGGGCACUCCAGGAGUCAAUUUACGAUUUGGAGUCUAACAGUGAGCCAAGUCGAGAAGAGAAUUGCGAAUUGUUUUUCUCUUCAUUGGCAGCUUCGCGGCGAAGACGACAGCUCAAGUCUCGUCGGCAUCACUACCUGAACUCAUCAAGCUCACUUGCGUCGUCUUCGAGCUUUCAUUCAAGCAAGCAAACACGUCAUGCGCUUCGAUUAUGGUUUCGACAAUGGAAGUUCUACGUUCUUAAUCGAAGAGAGAAAGAUCGACGACAAGUAUCUAUAAACGUGCUUUCAAAACAGAAUUGCUGGACCAAGUGGGCUUUUUAUUCAAAGCAGCGGCAGUAUCGACGUGAAAAGACGUUGCAUCUUGAUAGUUGGAAAGCUUCUAGAGCACUUUCCAAAUGGGCACAGUGGAAACAACGACGUAUUUUGCUGCGUAAAUUAAUCAAUAGUGGGCGGCGUUCCUUUAUGGGGCGAUUGAUCCAGCAGCGAGUUUGGAGCCGAUGGGUGAAAUUGACGCUACGAAGAAAGCACUUUUACCGCGUAUUGGGCCUUCAGACACUUCGGCGUCACGAUCGACUAGUGCGUUGUGUGUGGACUGGGCUGCGUAUUCAUUCAUAUAGAGCUCGCCACGAUUCUAUAGCGCUGCGCAAUUGCUUGAGAGUAAUGCGAAACUUCUGUUAUACUCGAAAAGUGAAACAUUCAAAGUUUCUGCAGAGACAAUGUAAGAUGAAUGAUUGUCGGAAGCGUCGACUUUUGCAGCGUUGGAAAGCAUACACUGUUGUGUCUAGUCGUGAUAGGAGAUUAUCGUGGAAUGUUCAAAACAAUUUGAAACGAAGGAGAUUUCUACUGUUGUGGUGUAAAGUUGCUCGCGAUAUCAAUCAUACAGACCAGCUUCGAUCGAAAGUGAUAUUUCGAAAUCUAUAUCAGCAUUUUCAAGCCUGGAACAUUAUAGCAAGAGCUAUCAAACGUGGAACUAAAGUGCGUGAAAGUAGCGAAAAGCAUAGUCGUAAAUUCUAUUUCCAAGUCCUUAAAGCCCAAGCAAAAUUUGGUGCCCACAGCAAACACGUCCAUCUGAUGAUGAACCAGAGCCGUCUCGCUACAGCUGUGAGUCACUAUUAUGUAUGGACGACAGAGAGAAGACACAUAAGAGAUGCUAUGAAUCGAAUCUUAUCGCAGAGGACUAGCAGUGAAGCAGUAUUGUACAAUCAUCACAUCGCGGUAUUUGAGCAGAUGGAAACACAAGUCAUUGGUGGGCUGAAAAGCUACCAGAUCUUUUGCUUGGAACAACAUCAGCGAGUUGCUAAAGCUCAAUCACACCUUCGGCGCCGAUUGCUAAAACGAGGUGUUUUGACGUUGUGGCGCGCUGUUCAUGGCAAUGCAGAAAGCUCGCUGCAAGCUUAUCAUUUUCGUCGCAAGCUGCGGGUUAAUAUAAAAAAGCGCCAUUUUCGGAGUUGGUUGCACAUCACAAAGUCGCGAACAUUCAAUCGAGAGAGACUACAUGAGUUGCAGAAACGUCUAAAUUUGUUUUUCAAAUUGGAACGCCGAACUUGGAAUCGCUGGGUGAAGUUUGUUACCCAUUGUCAACGACGUGAUCAGUUUGAUCGUCGGUAUCAAGUACGCAGAAAGCAUCAAAUUUUACACCGGUGGAACUUUCAGGCUAAAUCAAACUCUCGUUUACGUGACUGUAUCCACAACAAACGCAUAAGAAUAACUCAAACGCGUUUUAACCACUGGAAAUAUUGUGUGGGAGAGUGGAAAAAGAUUCGAGUCGUAACCAAGUUUGCGAUAAGUGUCUACGAGAAGAACCUUUGUACUCGGCUUAUUCAAGAAUGGCGAUCUUGCUCUUCACGCUUUCAUCGAGAACGUAAAAUUGUUGGCGAGGAAAGGUGUGCGUUCGUCAGUGUGUGUCUAGAUUACGAUGUCGUCGAGAAUGUCAGAUAG